AUGGAGGCCUUCACAGCGGAAAUGGCAUCACUGAACGGUAGCACGUUGUAACAGAAUUCUGACCAUGUCCACAAACCCUGCAACUUAAACCUCUGAAGAAAGGCAGCAUGCAGAGAGGGUUACACGGAUAUGCUAGUUCCUGGAAACAUUGUUUCCCGCAGUGAGCGAGUAUUCAACAAGUGAUUUCAUGUCAGACAACCUCCGGCAGACAAGCUCACUGAGGGGGAAAUAUUUCUCCUUGAGCGUCAUGCAGUCACUUCUGUAGUGUUUUCCUUUCGUUUGUCUCGCCUGCAGUGAAGUUUCCUGCGCACUUUCUCUCCUCCCGGCAUAUUUCCUCGCCUCCUUCGGGGAAAGGGGACAGCCCUUUUUGAUCUCACCGUCUAAUCAACUCACAAGUGAGUGGACGUAAGUUUUCAGACAACUCUGUUCAGCGCGUACCGAGGAAAUAGCACUCUUCCCUGUAUUUGCAGCCUGUUCUAAUUAAGCAGAAAGACAGCGUAUACGACCCCCCUCUGAUCUAAGUAGUGUUAAAGUAAUGUUAAAUAUUCUGUUGUGCUAACAAGGUCGCUGCAAGAUACUACAGUAAGGUCGGUGCAAGUAACUACAAUAAGUGAUAAAGCGGCGAGACAGCCGGGAGUGUAUGUGGAUAAUACAUUUGCCACGAAAGGGGGUUUAUGAACCUGCUACAUUCAGCAAGGUUACGGAUAAAACAGCGACAGGUCAGGCAACGAUUUCAGGGCUGCAUGACCUCAGUUAUGUGAAGAGAAUAAAGGCUUGCGGAAACUGUACGCGAGCGCACAACUAUACAGCAAGUCAGACGGAAAGGGGGACGGUGUCAUUUCAUUUUUUCCAUACAGGGGUAUAUCUGGAAUUUAUUCACCCAGAAGGCAUAUGAUCAAAACAGCAUUCAGAAUGCAAGUGUCACUGUUUUUCGCAUCUUUACUGCUGGUCAGCAUUCACCAAAGCUCAAAGGCUCAAGUGGCUUCCCCUAAAUCAUUCCGAUCUACACAGUUCAGGCGCGAUGACAGCAAUCACCUCACAGACUUGUACCGGAAGGAGGAGAGCCUCGACGUGACGGGCAGCGGCCUCCUGCACAGCCCCCGCUACCCCAACGCCUACCCCCGCAACCUCCUCCUCACCUGGAGGCUCCUGUCCCCCGCCAACACCCGCAUCCUGCUGGAGUUCAACAGCCACUUCGGCCUGGAGGAGCCCGAGAACGACGUCUGCAAGUACGACUACGUGGAGGUGGAGGACAUCUCGGAGACCAGCACCAUCAUCUGGGGCCGGUGGUGUGGCAAUAAGGCCCCCCCCCACAUCACCUCUAAGACCAAUGUCAUCAAGGUCACCUUCAAGUCUGACAACUAUUUUGUGGCCAAGCCCGGCUUCAAGCUCCAUUACUCUCUGCUGGAUGAUUCUCCUCCAAUCACCUCAGAGAAGAAUUGGGAGGUGAUCACCCAUUCCAUGGUGGCUCCGUUGUCGCAUGUGUCCCCGGUGACGGAGGGUCCCCUGAGCAUGGUAGAGCUUGACCGUGCCAUCGCGUCCUUCAGCACGGUGGAGGAGAUGCUGAGGCACCUGAACCCCGAGUCCUGGCAGCAGGACAUGGACAGCCUGUACCAGGACACCAGCAGCCACUACAGGCCCAAGGCCUACCACCAGGACCGCAAGAGCAAGAUUGACCUGGACCGGCUGCAUGAGGAUGUCAAGCGCUACAGCUGCACGCCGCGGAACUUCUCGGUGAACCUGCGCGAGGAGCUGAAGGAGACCAGCGCCGUCUUCUUCCCCCGCUGCCUCCUGGUGAUGCGCUGCGGGGGCAACUGCGCCUGCGGCACCGACAACUGGAACUCCUGCACCUGCGCAGCCGGCAAAACCACCAGCAAGCUGCACGAGGUGCUGAAGUUCGCCCCCAGCCCUGGCUACUUCAGGAAGCGGAUUCGAACGCAAUGGGUUCUUCAGGAGAUCCACCUGCAGCACCACGAGCGCUGUGACUGCGUGUGCCACAGCCGACCCCCACGAUGAGACAGAGAGAAAGAGGCUUCCUGGAAGAAAAUACACACACACACACACACACACACACACACAGCUCUGGGACUCUCUAUUAGCUCUAUUAGCUCUACAGAUCCUCUCACUCCUCCUAAACCCUCCUCAUCCCCACCUCUCUCUUUGAGUGUGUGUGUGUGUGUGUGUGUGUGU